AUGGGAAAACGAAACAGAGUUAAUAAUAAUCAAAUAUAUAUCAAUGCUUUGCCCAUAAUAUUGUCCACAGAUAAGUAUGGUAGGCUACCCCAGAUAUACCCCCAUAACCCAGUAUCAUGGUUAUACUUUGCAUUCCAGUAUAUAAAUAUACAGACCAGAUCUGUACCUCAAUCACAUGUCAGAAAGUUCCAGGUGGAUUAUGAUGAAGGUGUGUUUAAAGUAACCGAUGAGGAGGAUAUGCGAAGCUUAUGGAAACAGGGUUUUUUUGGAAAAGGAACAUUGUCUAGGUCAGACCCGUCUUGGAAGACUAGGACUAGUAGGAGAUUGAAUCUUGACGAAGAUUUGGAUAUCACGAGUGAAGAAAUUACUAGGUUGAGAAGAGAAGAGAGAAAGAAGUUCAAGACAGAACGGAGUAAAUUACAGGAUUUGGAGCUAAAGCAGCGUCAAAAUAUUAUUUCGGACACCGAGUUGCAUGCACUAGAAGAGUUGCGUCGAACUUUGAAUGCGCAGAGACUUGAAAACCCUAACUACAAACAGGAGUUAACGCAGUUAGAGGAUUUCAGGAUCGAGGAUCAGAAACUCAUCAAUGAGGGUGCCCUCAUUGAUCUCGAAUACUUGCAAUUGCAGAAAACUGAGGUAUUUUUCUUACGCUUCGCCCUCAAUGUCAUUAAUGUGAAUUUGCCGCUCCCGCAACUCUUUUCUGAGUGCUGCGCACAUGAUAUCUCGCCUAACAAUUCCUUUAUACUUGAAUACGUUGUCUACCACCAUUACAGAUCGUUGGGAUGGUGUGUGAGAUCUGGAAUAAAGUUUGGUUGCAACAUGUUGCUUUAUAAAAGGGGUCCUCCCUUUAGCCAUGCUGAACAUGCGAUUCUAAUAAUGUCUGACAACCAAUACGACUGGUCCAGCAUUUCAUCGAUAUCGCGGGUCAUUGGUGGAGUAAAGAAGAAUCUUGUGCUAACAUUUAUUGAUAUUCCAAGCGCUGAAGAAUUCGAUGCCGUUGCUAAUUCCUCCAAUUUAUCAGAGAACGAAAAAUUGUAUAAUAUGUUUAAGCUCUACAAAAUAACGGAAAUACUAUAUAGAAGAUGGAUUCCAAGUCGAAAUAGAGAUUGA